CAAUUAGAUUGCUGCAUGCAUAUAUGCUUUCAGGAAUUGUUCCAUUGAAUUUGUUCAGUGAAAAAUCUACAGUCCUCAGAUCCAAUUGGGUGAAGUUAACUUCGCUAAGAUCUCCCAUAAAACUGUUAUUUCUGAUGGUGAUAUACCUGAGACUUGUGCAGUUACCUAGGGUCGAUGGCAGCUCUCCGAACAUCAGGUUGUUGUCUAAGUGGAGCUCCUCCAAUCUUACCAGCUGCCCAAUAGAGUCUGGCAUCUUGCCACUGAGUUCAUUUGAUCCAAGAUUAAGGAAAACCAGAUUACCGAGUUUGACAAGGCUGGAACCAUCAAGUGUCCCUUGCAAAUUAUUGUUUGGAAAAGAAGGUGCUCCAAUAAGGUAGCAUUGAACAGUUCAUGAGGUAGAGCACUGGCAAGUUUGUUGUGGCCAGCCUUGAGUACUUUCAACGUUGAGCAAUUGCCAAACUCUGGGGAAAUAGUGCCAGUGAACUUAUUUAAACUAAGGUCAAGCAUGGCAAGUGAUGGGGAGUGGUUGCAAAUAGAUGGGAUUUGUCCCGUAAAGCUGUUGUUGCUUGCAUUAAGAGCGACCAGAUUGUUCAUCACUUGCAGUGUUGUGGAUGGUAGCUGUCCUGUAAAGAAGUUACUUGAGAUAUUCAGUACCUUGAGAGGAAGGCUAGUAUUUGAGGAUUGACUUUCUUGCAGAGGACCAGAUAGGUGGUUGAAGCUGACAUCCAGGAUGAUGAUUCUGCUAGAAAACACCAUUUCUGCUGGUAGAUUGCCAUAGAGUGAAUUGUGGGACAGGUUGAGGUGCAGCAACCCUGUAAGAUUGCUGAGAGAUGGUGGGAUCCUCCCUUGGAGCCCUUUAGAAGACAGCGAGACUCCUGUGACCAUGCCAUCGAAGCUGCAGGUAAUUCCUUCCCAUCUGCAGCAAUCUGUGCUGUUGGCCCAUGAGACACUGAGGCUUCCCUUGCCCUCCUGUGAGAGCCCAUCUCGGAAGUCAAUGAGGGAGCUCUUCUCUUGCUCCGUGCAAGAGCUGGCGAGAGAGGCACAGGAGAGGAGGACGAAGGCAAGACCAAAGAAAGGUACAGGUAAUUUGGAGGUGCUACUGUUGCUUCUUGGCAAAUUCACUGACUGCAUGAUUCUCUCAUGAAACUCACCUGCUGCAGAGAUGCUUGUUAAUGAAAACAGAGCAGUCCAGUUGUUGUAUAUAUAGAUCUAAAGAUCUCAACUGAAAAGAGAAGAAGAAAACUGGGCACUUGUUGAUGAUGUAAAUUGCAUAACUCUGCAAAUAAAAAAAAUGCGGAAAGUCAACCGCACAAACUUACAGUAGAAUGUUAAGCACUGGAGAAGUUGCUGGGUAAGUACGGUUAGAGCCACUGAACAUUUCCAAGCCUGUUAUAUAUUGUAUCGGAGAUUACACCUUCGGUGUUCCAGUCCAAGUCUUUUCAAUAUAAGAUAAACGUCAAAGAGAUACACUUUAAGUUAUAUUUUUGGAAACACAGUAAGGUGAGUCCCACACAGACUUGUGAAGGAAAUUCAGUAGCGAGUUCUUGCAGUUGCAGUGAAGAGGCCAUAAGUCCAUAACAGGGUAUGUCAGCAGUGUGAUGUACUCAUGUAGCAGUUGGGGAUGACUAUGAAUGUUUUCAUGGACCUUGAUUCCCACCUUGACUUAGUCAAUGUUGUCUCCAUCAACUUCCCAUGUACUGUUGCUUUUGCUUGUGGACGAUGCAGAUUGCCUAUGGUCUACACACUAACUCCUUGGCUGUUCUGUCUUAAGCUUCCUCGUUCCUCCUUCACUGCCUGUGGAUCAUCAGCAUGAACCUUACUUGACCUUCAUCGCUCACUGUUGGCCAUCAUAUCCCAUCCAUUACCUGUACAUCACAAACCAAAAGAUACAAAUAACACACAUAUCAACUCGAUGCCUUUGAUAGUUCACCAUGGUCAAGCUCAAUUGAACACAACCAAAAGCCUCAUAUCAUCUUAUCAAUUACUCAUCAUAAUACAGAGGACACACUAUCUCACUAGUUGUUUUAUGAAAUGCAAAGUCAUGUGCAGUUUGCCCCACCCCAAUACAGAGGACGCAGCAUCUCACUAGUUUUAUGAAAUGCAAAGUCAGUUUGCCUCACCCCCUCUGUUAGUUUGUCUUUUUUUUUUUCUGGAGCCUCUUGCAUAUGAAGAAAUACAGAAGAUGUUUGUUUUGUUGAAAACUUCACUUUUUUUUUUCAUCGGCACCAAUGUGUAAUACUGGGAAAUAUUUAUCUCGGUGUUGAAGUCCCAACAGGCAACACCCUAGUGAAAAAAGAACAUUAUGCUGUUUUUCUAGCAGACUAUGACUAUAUAGAGAUUACCAUUUACCAAUAUACCAUUCCCCAUCUUAAUUGUCUUUUUCAUCGUCCUGUAUUCUUAUUUAUCUUUAUCUUCUCAUCAUAUGCUGACUAAAUGACUAAUCAUCUUGUCCCUACUCCAAUGGCAUCCACCUUUCAACCAAAAGGCAUCACCUCGAAAGAAAUGUAAACUACUCUAACAAUAUUUCCAAGUGGAGUAGGCACCUAACAAGGAAGUACUACUGCAAACUGCAAGCUCUUGAUCGGAAGCAAUGGAUGCUGCUCCGGCGACAUUGGUGGCUGCAGUUGCCGUCGUCCUCGCGGUUGUAGCAUCGGUCCCAGUACUGCUCCGUCUCCUCUCUGCCAGCGCCGGCGGCAAGAAGACGAAUCCAAAAGCACCCCUGCCUCCCGGUUCAUUCGGUCUGCCUUUCAUCGGGCAGACGCUGAGCCUGCUCCGCGCCCUCCGCGCCAACACCGCCGACGACUGGCUCCGGCGGUGCGUGGCCACGUACGGGCCCGUGUCGCGGCUGCGCCUCUUCGGCUGCCCGACGGCCUUCCUCGUCGGCACCUCCGCCAACAAGUUCAUCUUCGCCAGCGCUGCGGUGACCGCCAAGGCUCCCGAGUCCUUCGCCCGGAUGGUGGGCCGCCGGACGAUCAGGGACGUGGUCGGCGACGAGCACCGCCGCGUCAGGGCCAUGAUGGUGCAGUUCCUCAGGGUGGACGCCGUCAAGAGGCACGUCGCCAGCAUGGACGGCGAGGUCCGGCGCCACCUCGACGCCGAGUGGCGCGGCCGGGGCACCGUGGCCGUGAUGCCGUCCAUGAAGUCGCUCACCUUCGACGUCAUGUGCACCGCCAUCUUCGGCCUCGGGACGGGCGCUGUUCGCCGGGAGCUCUGGACGGAGUUCCAGGAGCUGGUGAGGGGCAUCUGGGAGGUCCCGGUCGACCUGCCCUUCACCACCUACAGCCGGUGCCUCGCCGCGAGCCAGCGUGGGCGGCGUGCCGUCGCCGGGGUCAUCCAGGAGAGGAGGACCAAGCUGGAGCGCGGGGAGAGCUCGCCGGCCAGCGACGUUGUCACCCUCAUGCUCGCGGAGGGCCUGCCCGACGAGGAGAUCAUCGACAACGUCAUGUUUCUCAUGGUCGCCGCGCACGACACCACCGCCGCCCUCCUCACCUUCCUCAUCCGGCAGCUCGACGCCGACAAGGACGCCUACGACAAAGUUGUCCAGGAGCAAGAAGAGAUUGCGCGGAGCAAGGCGGCCGGGGAGGCUCUGACAUGGGAGGACCUCGGCAGGAUGCGGUACACCUGGGCGGCGGCGCUGGAGACGCUGCGGAUGGUGCCUCCAGUGUUCACCAUGAUGAGGAAGACGGUGGACGACGUCGAGUACGGCGGCUACCUCAUACCAAAGGGCUGGCAGGUGAUCCACGCGGCCAACAUGACGCAGUGGGACCCGGCCAUCUUCCCGGAGCCCGGCAGGUUCGACCCGGCUCGGUUCGAGAACGCGUCGGCUGUGCCGCCCUUCGCCUUCGUGCCGUUCGGUGGCGGCGCGCGUGUCUGCCCCGGGAACGAGUUCGCCAGGGUCGAGACGCUGGUGGCCAUGCACCACAUCGUAACGCGCUUCAGGUGGAAGCUCGCCGCCGGCUGCGACCGCAGCUUCUCCAGGUUCCCGUUGCCAUACCCGUCUCAGGGCCUCCUCAUCGACAUCGAGCCUAUUCAGAAAUGAAUGCGCGCUCGAUUGCCUUGUAAAGUUCAGUAGCAGCCAUAGUUCAGUUUGCUGGCUGUGAAUUUGCAGUAAAUUUUGGGUUGUUUCACUUGCUUGUCAGUAAUUAAGCCACUAACCUGAAACUGAACCAUCGACCAAUCUACAGUUUAUAUUUCGGGUU